GAGGGCAGUUUCGAGAAGAGUUGUGACAACAGUUUAAUGCCACCCCAGCCAUGGACAUUUUAAGUAUAGUCUGCAUUUUUUUCUAUUUGGGAAGAAGCUGGGGACAGGAACAAACGUUUGUUGUCUCAGCAUCUAAAGUAUUCUGUGUUGGAGCCUCUGAAAAUAUAGUAAUUCAAGUUCAUGGAUACACAGAAUCAUUUGUUGUGUCCAUUGCUAUUAAAAGUUAUCCUGACAAAAGUUUUACAUAUUCUUUUGGCCAUGUUAACUUAUCUCCAGAAAAUAAAUUCCAAGGCUCUGCAAGCUUAACUAUACAACCAAAAGAUUUACCUGGGGAACCAGAUGCAGUGUCAUAUGUAUAUUUAGAAGUUGUAUCUGUUCAUUUUUCAAAAAUAACAGAAAUUCCACUACACUAUGACAAUGGAUUUAUCUUCAUUCAGACAGACGAAUCUGUUUACAAUUCAGAUCAGUCAGUAAAAGUUAGAAUUUUUUCAUUGGAUGAAGACCUAAAGCCAUCACAAAGAGAAGUUACCAUAACUUUUAUAGAUCCAGAUGGAUCAGAAGUUGCCAUGGAAGGAAAAAAAAAUUAUACUGGAAUUAUCACUUUUCCUGACUUCAAGAUUCCACCUGAUUCUAAAUAUGGCUUAUGGACAAUUAAAGCUAAAUACAAAGAAGACUUCACAACAACAGCAACAACAUAUUUUGCUAUUAAAAACCCUGGUUUAUUUUUGGAGAAACCACAGUUUUUAAUCAUAGUGGAACCAGAAAAUUACUUCAUUGGCCAUAAAAACUUCAAGGAUUUCAAGAUUACUAUAAAAGCUAGAUCUUCUCACAAUAAGAAUGUAACUAAUGCUAAAGUUACCAUAUUUUUUUGGAUAAAAAAUGAUUUAAGUGAUAGUGGAAAAGAAAUGAUGCUUGGAGCAACACAAAACACAAAGCUGAUUGAUGGAGUGGCACAAAUCAGUUUUAAUACUUCAAAGGCAAUUAAAGAACUGUCAUAUAAAAAUCUAGAAGAUUUAAAUGACAAAUACCUUUACAUUUCUGUGGAAGUAAAGGGUAGUACAGGUGGAUUCUUCCAAGAAACCAAAGUGAUUCAUGUCAAAUAUGUCCUCUCCCCCUACACACUGGAUUUGGUUGCUACUCCUCUUUUCCUGAAGCCUGGGAUUCCAUAUUCCAUCAAGGUACAGGUGAAGGACGCCUUUGCCCAUGCUGUAGGAGGGAUUGCAGUAACCUUGAAAGCAACAACAGUUGAUAAAACUCAGAGGAAGAGAGAUCUGGAUCUAAGAAAAAGUACAACAAAUUAUAAAGAUGGAGUAGCUUCAUUUGUGGUUGACAUUCCCUCUGAUGUGACAACACUGGAGUUUCAUGUCAGAACUGAUGACCCAGACCUUCCAGAAGAAUAUCAGGCCAGCAAUGGCUAUCAAGCUGUGGCCUACUCAUCACACAGCCAAAGUUUCCUUUCCCUUAGCUGGACGGACAGUUACAAGAGUUUGCAUGUGGGAGAAAAUCUGAGCGUAACUGUUACCCCUAAAAGUCCAUAUGUUGACAAAAUUACACAAUACAAUUACUUGAUUUCAUCUAAGGGCAAAAUUGUGCACUUUGGCACAGAGAAGAAACUCCCAGAUUCAUCUUACCAAGUUUUAAACCUUUCCAUGACUCAGCACAUGGUUCCUACAGCCCGUCUCCUGGUCUAUUACAUCAUCACAGAUGAGCAGACAACAGAAUUAGUGUCUGACUCAGUCUGCCUAAAGAUUGAAAAAAAGUGUGGCAACCAGCUCCAGAUCAAUCUGUCUCCAAAUAAAGAUGUGUAUUCUCCAGGCGAAGCUGUAUCUCUCACUAUGGAAACUCAGUCAGAAUCGUGGGUGGCAUUAUCAUCAGUGGGCAGUGCUCUAUCUGGCAUCCAAGAAAGAAGCCAAAAUUUCAUGGAAAGAAUACUUCCAUCUUCAGAUAAUAGUGAACAGGACUGUGGAGCAAGUGGUGGCAUGAAUAAUGCUGAAGUGUUCUACUUAGCAGGACUCACUCUUCUCACCAAUGCAAAUGCAGAUGACUCUCAACAGGAUGAUGGAUCAUUUAAGAAAAUUCUCAGAUCAAGAAGAGAUUUGGAGGAGAAAAUAAAGGAUCUAGCAUCCACAUUCAGACACCUGAUUGUCCAGCAGUGCUGUUAUGAUGGAGCUCAUGAAAAUGUGGAGAGCUGUGAGAAGAGAGCUGCGAAGGUUACAGUUGGCCCAAAUUGUUCCAAAGCUUUCCUUCAGUGUUGUAACCUGGCAGAUCAACUGCGGAACGAGACUUCUCACACACCUGCAAUCCUGGCAAGACUUGGAGAGGGACCAACCAUGCAUAUCAGAGAAUUUGUAAGCAGCAUUUUUUUAGAAAACUGGUUAUGGAACAUAUAUCAUGUUCCUAAAAGGCAUCAGCUGGAGUUGAUGCUACCCGAUUUUGUAACUACCUGGGAAAUUGUAGGUGUUGGCAUUUCAAAUGAAGGUCUGUGUGUUGCUGAGGUGCUGUGGUUGCCGGUGCACAAAGACCAUUCUGUGGUCAUAAUCAACAAUGUUACAGGAAUCAAUUGAAAGGGGCAGUUUCCAACAUCAAAAUUCUAGGACCCUAACCCUAACUCAGAAACAAAGGUUGGAGCUCCAGCAGCCAUUCUGGACCAUGAGGUAACACUGAAGAUGCAAGUUAGAUGCAAGCAUGGUGGAACAAAAAUAUAAUGGCCCCUACCUUUGAAGACAUGUGGAGCUGCCUUUGCAUCCUUGAACUUCUUUUAUGUGAGAAAGAAAUAAACAUUUAUCUCAUUUAAGCAA